AUGAAUGGCAAGAAAAAUUUUUCCAAGUUUAUGGAAAGGAAAAUGUUUCCGACGGCACCGAAGGAAAAGAUGAAUGACGAUUUUAGAAACAUGAGGAAGGAAGAAAAUCUGAGCAAUGUGGUAAACACCAGCGAGAGGAGGAUCCUAUUUUACAAGACGAAGAUCUGUCCAUGGUAUAUUAAGGGGAAAUGCGAAAGGAGAAAGACCUGCUUGUAUGCGCAUGCACAGAAUGAACUGAGAGAAUUGCCCAAUUUGUGCAAAACGAGCUUGUGCCCAAAAUUGAAAAUUAACGAAUCAUGCAAUGAUAAGAAAUGCAAGUACGCACACACGAACAUCGAAUUGAGAGCCACAGAAAACUUGUACAAAACGGCCUUGUGCGAAAGCUUUAUUAAGGGGAAAUGUUUCUCAGGGCAAUUCUGCAGAUAUGCUCAUGGCCAGAAUGAAUUAAGGGAACAUCCAAUGGAAAUAACAGACAAGAAUAUAAUCAUUGGAACGAGCAAAAUGAAGAAUGACAAAUUGGAUUAUGAGAAAAAGAAGGGCGGAAACGGCAUCAGCAACAAUAUGCACAACGGAGAAAACGGCAAGAGGAAUGAAACGUAUUGUGUUAUGCCCAAGAAAAAGGAGACAACUCACCCGAACAAAGUUAGCGCGCUCACGGAAGAUGAUGGUGUUGGCGAUGUUGCGGAAGCAGUGGACCCCCAUGCACUGAACGACAGCACGACGGACAACUGCCACGACAGCAGCAAGAAGGGAGGUGUAGAAAACGCCAUCAAGAGUGGAAGCACGAACGGAGGUGGAAAUGGCAUCCAGCAGGGCGGAAACCACGGCCGAAAUCAGAGCUCGAACCACAGCGGAAACAAGAUUGGAAGGAAGAACGAUACGCACGACUACCACAAGAAGGGCCACAAGAAUCACAAGUACAAGAAUGCCGAAAUUAUGAACAACAGCAGCAGUAGUCGGUGUGACGGAAGGAACAGGAAUGACAUUCCAUCGUCUGUAGGAAAUUACCUAAAGCAUGAGGAUUGUACAAAGUUCAAUGAGGAGCAAUUUCUGAAUGACAAUUUGAACGUUUUGGGCUUCCUAGAAGAACACAACAGUGGCAUAGAAAAAUUUGGAAAAGGAAGCAACAUUGGCAACUGUAUGCUAAAUGAAGUUGGAAACAAUUCGUUGGGAAAUUUCGCGAACAACAACAUGAUUGGAGGUAGCAACAGCAGCAACGGAGCCUUAAUGAAAUAUGCCAGGAACAAUAAAGGCAUUGGAAACAACAACAAUUCAUCCUCCCUAAUGAACUUUAACAUAGCCUCACCGAAUGCUGAAAAUUUGGACAUGAGUAUGAAUAUGCACAAUAACGGACCGGAAGAUAAUUAUUACAAUUUCGAUGGAACCAACUUGGACAAGCUGAAUUACGAGGACCUUUUUUUUAGUACCAACACCAUAAACAACAGUGUCAACGCCAUGAACACUUUAAAUAGCAUGGGAAGCAUGGGAAGUAUAAGCAGCUUGAACACCAUGAACAGCUCCAAUGGCAUGGGUGGCGUCAACGGAAUGAACAUGAACAUGAACAUGAACAACGGGAACAGCGGGGGCAACAUGAACUAUAUGAGCGACUUGAACGGCCUUGGUAUGAACAGCAUGAGUAACAUGGACAUGGACAUAAGCGGUAUAAGUGGCAUGAACGACAUGAACGGAAUGGUUAACCUGAACAACAUGCGCAAUAUGAACAACAUGGGCAAUGUGAACAACAUGGGCAAUAUGAACAACAUGGGCAACAUGAACAAUAUGGGCAAUUUGAACAACAUGAGCAACAUGAAUGUGAACGGCUUGAACCACCUGCCACUCGACAUGAACAGCCUAAACAACUUGCCCCUUGAUAUGGGGAACAUCAGCGACUUGCCUCUCAACAUGGGAAACAUGAACGACAUGAGUUUGAACAUGGGCAGCAGGAACAACGAGGCCGAAAUGAGCACUAGCGGCGUCCACAUGACCAACGGCGCAGAUUGUAAUGGCAGGACGCAACGCAUGCUAUGCAAGUACCUGAUGCUUGACAAAGAACAAAAGAGCGACGGAGCCGCAAGGCCUGAUUUCUCAGGCAACAACAGGAACAUAAUGAGUGGCAAUAACAUGAUGGACGUUGAAGUAGACUCUGAACAGCAAACUAACUUGUGCAGCAAAAUAAUGAAGGAAAAGGAAAACCCCGACAACCUAGUUAGCUGGGAAAAUUUCUCUCUAUUCGGAAAGGCCAAAAGUCUUGGUGCAGAGAAGGACUAUUUCAAAAUUUUCAAUUAUGGAAUGUGCAACAAUUAUGACAAGAAGUUGUUUGAAAACUGCGACGUGCACAUGAGCGAAAUGGACAAAGUUGAUAAAUCUUUGUUUAUUCUUUAA